AUGUUUUCCCUUAAGUCCAGAGCACUACCGAAGCGCCUAGCUUCCAAUCGCCCACUGAGAACCGACCCCUCAGAAGUCCGCACGCUUGUACAGAUUGUAAGCGGCGCAAGAUACGAUGUGAUGGUCGACAACCUUGCAACCAGUGCGACUCUAGGGGUUCACAGGCGCGAUGUACAUACAUCAAACACACCGAGCGUCUUGUGCCUUCAAAAGGGUCAGUCUCCUGCUCAUACCAAAGGCGACUGUACUGUCCACCAAGUGUCUAACAGUUGUUUCAGAAAGAUCGAGAGCCUAUCCAAAAGCCUCAAAGAACGCGACGCCAUUCUAAAUCGCAUUUUCCCCGAUCAUAAUGUAUUGGAUCUUGUUUCACUAUCAGGGCAGCAACUCCGUGAGCUUGCAUUACACAGUACUUCAACCGGUACAGCUCUACCGUCUCCAUCUGACAGUACUCCCAAGGAGUCUGUCAAUCAAGACUCACAAUGGGAUGAAGAUCGACGAGAACGAGAUCCCCUCCCUGCUGAAGCCGACGAUGUCAAUGCAUUGUCCCUUCCGUUGGACCGACAGGCUUCCUAUCUCGGUAUUUCGUCCAUCAAAGCCGCACUUGGAGCUAUGCUUCAAAUGAGACCUGAGUUACGCGCCUUGCUAGCAUCCCGCCAGUUGAACAACGUCAAUCCCGUCAAGGAUGAUGGAUUUACACCUUGUUGCCAACCCACCCGAUCUACAGCCCAAAGUCCUCGUACAAGAUGGAGCAGCAAGGGCCAAGCGCUGAUCGAUGCGUACUUCCAGCGCAUCCACAUAUUUACACCCAUGCUCGAUGAAACCUCGUUCCGAACAAACUAUCUCAGCAGCCAACGACAAGAUUCACCUUGGCUUUCUCUAUUGAACAUGGUCUUGGCAAUGGGUAGUAUCGUAGCCAGCAAGUCAAGCGACCGGGUCCACUGCAAAUACUAUACCGAGGCCAUGAGGCAUCUCGAUAUUAGCGCCCUCGGUAGCAGUCACAUCGAAACGUUACAGGCUCUAGCUCUUGCCGGAGGGUAUUAUCUCCACUACAUUAACCGGCCUAAUAGAGGUAAUGCCAUUCUUGGUGCCGCUUUUCGGAUGGCAGGUGCACUUGGUUUCCAUCGGGAGCCUCUAGAACAAGAUGAGGCAGCCGAGAUGCGGCGACGCACUUGGUGGUCUCUGGCUUGUCUAGAUACAUGGACCACCACGACCUUGGGUCGCCCCUCAUUCGGUCGUUUCAGUCCCUCGAUUGAUAUCCAACCUCCCAAAAUCGGUACCGACAUGGUAUUAUGUGAAGAUUACUCACACUCAUCUACCUCAAAUCCUUCUCUACUGUCUCCCACUUCUCGUGAAGAACAGAACUCAGGGCAGGACAUGGGAAUGAUGACGCUUAAUGAAAAUAUCCGGUUCUGUAGGAUCGCGACUGAGAUACAGGACAUUCUCGCUGUCGCUCCUUUUCUCAACCCCGAAGAUCGGAACCGUUUUGAUGACAUGCUGAACGAUUGGUAUAACCAUUCACCAAUGUUCCUGAGCGGUGAUGAAGACUGUGCUGAGCCAGUUCAUCUUGCUCGAUGCAUCAUGAGAUGGCGGUACUGGAACUUACGUAUGCUCCUACACCGGUCAGCACUCUUAGAUGCGGCAACCAAACGUGGCGGCCACUCUGAACUGGCUUCCGCAUACGACUACGAAGCCAUCGAGAAAUGCCAGCAGCUUUCAAAGAUAACCACCGAGGAUAUAGCCCAGAGUUGGAUGAAUCAUCAAAUGUCGGGGUGGAACGCAGUAUGGUUCCUUUAUCAAGCCGUCAUGAUACCUCUGUUGAGUAUGUUGUGGCAGCCUCAAAACCCUUCUGUUGCUGAGUGGAAGAGCCAAGUUCAGAUGGCCCUCAAGCUUUUUGAGGAUAUGCAGGACUGGUCCUUGACUGCGCGUUGUAGUAAGCGUGUUGUAAGCCAGAUUUACGAAGCCAGUUGCAAUUUAAUAUUUAGAGGGGAGGAGUCUCUGGCUGAACUAGGGAUCGAACCAACUACAUCCUCUGAUCAAGAUUUGUACCUGGGGGCUGAUGGACUAGAGGUAGAUGAUGUAUUGGAUAUGUUGUAUCAAGAUUGGUCAUGGGAUGGGAAUUGUACUUGGACUCGGGAUGAGUUUGAUAAUGCAUAUCAGUGA